AUGGAAGAUGGUAAAUAUUGCCGAUUUAUCAUUAUGUUGAAGCAGUUUUCCAUCAAUAUUCCAUUUAUAGAAGCUUUACAACAAAUGCCUGGAUAUGCUAAGUUUAUAAAGGAUAUGGUGACAAAGAAAAGGUUGGUGCGUUUCAAAGAUGAUGACAGAAUGCAGCAUUAUAGUGUUAUUUCCACAAGGUCUCUUGUGCAAAAGAAGGAGGAUCCAGGCGCCUUCACUAUUCCAUGUAUUAUAGAGUUGUUACAAUUUGCGAAAGCGUUGUAUGAUCUUGGUGCAAUCAUAAAUCUUAUGCCACUGUCAAUUAAUAAGAUGUUAGGUGUGGUAGAUCCAAAGCCUACCACGAUGCGGUUCCUGAUGGCUGAUCGAACUGUGAAGAGGCCCAUACGUGUAAUACAUGAUGUGCUUGUGAAAGUGGAGUCGUUCACCUUUUUGGCCGAUUUUGUGAUUCUUGACUGUGAGGUUGAUUUCUGA